AUGGGAAAGGAGCCGCCUGUAUUCGUAAAAUUGAUUUUUCUUUCAACAGUAGUCGGAUUAAGUGCUAUUUUCUUUCAGCGAGUAUGAACUACAGAAAAGAUUAUUCCAUCACAAUACUUGAAGUCGUCUAGAACCUGGGAAUUGGCAGCGAAAUGCUGUGCGCUCAGCACAGUUAUAAUGUUUCUUAAUAUCCUUGUGAUAAUGAUGUGCAGACUAUUCACAGCAGCUGGUGACACUGUUAGAGGCACGGAAAGUGUAUUUUUAAUUACAUCGAAAAAGAUUUUGCAAAACACUUUAGAGGAAAAUUUCUUAUUUAUCAUCAACUUAUUAGCUGCACAUGCAAAUGGGCUUGAUAAUGAAAGAUUGGUGCUAGUUACGCUCGUUUAUAUAGGUGCCAGAGCUAUUUUUACAGUUGGGUACUACUUAGGGGUCUUUUUAAAUAUCCCACCGCUGCGUGCUCCAGGAUUUGCUUUGACUUUUAUCAACAACGCAAUUCUAUUUUACUUCAACAUAAAAACUUUAAUUAAGGUUUAA